AUGAAUAUGAGGAAAAGAAGUAUAAAUUACAAAUGUAUUUAUAUUGUACUAUUUUAUUUUACUAUAAAAUUAAUAAUAAUAUUAGGUAAUAAUAAAAACACGAAUUUAAAAAAUAUCCAUACUAAUAAUUAUCAAUGGAAAAAGAAAAAUGAUCAAAAACGUUCAUAUAAAAAUAAAAAAUAUAAAUUGAUGCAUUUCAUAUAUUAUAAUAAUCUUUACAAAAAAGUAGACGUCAAUGAUCGCGAAUAUAAAAUAAAUGAUGAUUUAAAAAAUAUAAUUUUAUUAUUUGGUCGUAUAGCAGAACCUUAUUAUCCGAAGGCAGUUGAACAAUUUAAUAAUUUUAAAGAACCUUAUAGUAAAUAUAUUUAUACUAAUAAUAAUAGUAAUUACAAUUACAAUUACAAUAAUAAUGAUAAUAUUAAUACUAUUAUUAGUAGUAGCAAUGGUACAUACAAUAAAUGGAAAUUCAUUUUUCACGAUAUUAAAAAAAUGGAUAAAAAUAUGUUCCAUGAAAGAGUAUGUCAACUUAAAUUUAAAUGGCCUAUAAAUAAAGAUGAAAAUAUUACAGAAUAUGAUUUUUAUAAUUACAUUAUUGAAAGAUGUUUAUAUAAUAUUAAUAUUAUGAGAAGUAACAUACAAAAGUUAAAAUAUUUAUUAACCAAACUUGUGGGGAACAAUAAAAAUAAAGAAAAUGUCUUCUUGAGUAGCUUAUGUAAAGAAGUAGAAAAAGAAUAUAUGACUCAUCAAGUGGAUACAAAAAAAAAUAACAACAAUAAUGAACAUCAUAUUAAUGAUGAUUAUAAUAAUAAUAUUGUUAUUAUUCCAAAGAAUAAUAUAAACAAUGACACUAAUGAUAACAAAAAUGAUAAUAAUGAUAAUAAUAAUGAUAAUAAUAAUGAUAAUAAUAAUGAUAAUAAUAAUGAUAAUAAUGAUAAUAAUAAUGAUAAUAAUGAUAAUAAUGACAAUAGUAAUAAUAAUAAUUAUAACAAUAACAAUAAUUAUAAUAAUAAUCAAUGUGGAAAAAAUUUUACAACAUCUACUUCUCAAUUAAGUUGUGAUAAUAAAAUAAAAAUUUUAGAAAAAUUAGAAAAUUUUAAUCUAAAUAGUAUCUUUAAACAACAUAAUAGAUCUUAUAGUAGACUACUUGUAAAUGAAGUGUUUAAUAAAGAAUAUCCUUCUAAAAAAAUUACAGAUAUUUUUUUAAAUCUAAUAUUUCAAAAAAAUGUUGAAGAAUUUACUUAUGAAUCCUUCAUUAGGCAUUUAAAUAUUCUUGGUAGAAAAAUAGAAUUAAUAAAUUGUGAUUUUAAUUCAAAUAUAUAUUUUGAUCAGUUUCAUUUCCUUAUGAAAUCUGAACUAAAGAAAAAUUCACUCAAUGCUAAAAAAAAAACAAAAAAAAAAUAUUCAUCCAAGUCAUUCAAAAAUAAAAAAGAAAAUAACAACAAAAGUGUUUACGAAAAUAAAACUCAUAAAAAAAAAAAAAAUUCAAUACUCAUAAAUCAACCUAUUAUUACAAAUAAUUUUGAAUCAAUAAAAGAACAACAAUAUAAUCAACUAGAACAAAAUGACAAUCAAUCAAAUAUUAAAAUGCAUAAACAUAUACAUGACCAAAACAACAUAAAUUCAAAUAAUAUUUUACAAACUAAUAUAAAUAGCAAUGAUAAAAAUUUAAGUAUCAAUAUUAAAAAAAAAGUUAUUUCUUUUUUUAAUUAUAUAGUAAAUACUAUAAAAAAAGGAUUCUAA